GUCUGGUUGCUUUUUGUUACCGGAAACACCACUGGAAAAAUGCAGUCACAUCCUGAUGUUGAGAGGUUGGAAAAUGGAGAUGUGUCUCAGAGAGACCAUUUACUGGGAGAAGAUCUCACCGGUCUGCUUGACCCGGUGGCUGACCAACUGUUAAAUGGCUCUACAGUUGCUUCAAGGUUCCUGCGGGCUGAACUGGAACUGAACACACAGUUGCGGAUGCUGUCGUUUGGGAAACCAGUGCGAUACAUGUACAACCCGCUUGAGUACGCCUGGGACACACAUCGAUGUUAUGUGGAGAAAUACUGUCGGGAAGGGCAGAAUGUUCUCUUUCUAGGCAUGAACCCAGGGCCUUUUGGUAUGGCACAAACAGGGGUACCGUUUGGCGAGGUGAAGGCAGUUCGCAGUUGGUUGAAGAUCACUGGAGCGGUUGGCCGUCCAGCAGAGGAACAUCCUAAGCGACGGAUCUUAGGCCUCGACUGCACUCAGAGUGAAGUGAGCGGGGCCCGUUUCUGGGGCUUUUUCCAAGAGCUCUGCGGUGAAACUCACAACUUCUUCCGCCAUAUUAAACAUUUUACAACAAACGAGCAAAUAGAAUGA